UAGACACAAGUCAAGCGAAGACAAGACCUGAGAAUACAACCGAAGACAACAUGCAACUGUGUAGACAAAACCUGGUGCUGCUCUUGGUCGGCUGCAUGGCGCUGCACGCGGCUCAAGCAUUUCUAAUGAAACUGCCCAAAAUGGAGGACCCGGACCAGAAGGAGCUGAUAAAGAAGCUGGACUUUCUGGACCUAUUCGGUGCCAAAAAGGAGGCUAAGCUGGAAAAACUGGAGAAGGAGUGGGAGAAAAUGAAGGAGUGGUUCGACGAGAAGAAGCAGAUGAAACUGGAAAAGAAGAAGCUCGAGCCAGAGGAGGAGGAGGAGAAAAUCGAAGAAGAAGAGGUGCCCAAAAAGUCAGCCAAGAUAGCCAAGAAGCUGAAGAAGCUGCUGCCCAAGAAGCUUAAGAAGCUGCCGCCGGCGCCACCUGCUGCGCCAGCGUGCUGCGUUUACGCACCACCAGCCCCACCAUCCCCGCCAUCUCCGCCAGCCUACGAGUCAGAGGAGCAGUCCGAGGAGGCACCAGAAUAUGAGCCCCCCAGCUCCUGUCCAUCCUGCAGCUACAGCAAGCCUAAGUACCAGCCCAGCUCCUAUGAUGUGCGCGACGAUGACGAAGCGGGCGUAAAAUACUUCACCUAAGGGGCUAAUGCGAAUGGAAGCAAGAGGGUUGUUUUGGUUGCCCAUAUACAUAUCUAAGAGUAUAUAUAGAUAUAUAUAUCUGUGUGUGUAUAUAUAAAGAAUGUAUGUCGUAUAUGUAAUUAAAUUCUUAAUAAAUAUGAUUAAAAUGCCCAUGGCAAGAGGCAACGUGGUUGGGGACCUACACCUUCCCGUUUGCCUUAUUGCCCGCAUAUCAUUUGCAUAUAAAUCGAA